AAAUAUUUUGGCACAGGCAAAAAAUGUUUUUAAAAUAUACUCAGGUUGCAAUUAGAGCAACGUGCCUCACAGUGCGACAUCUAGCUACUGACUCCACUUAUAAUCUGCCGUUCAAAUCGAAAAUUCUCCAUCAAAAUUCUAUCGGCGUCUCAAAACGUCUUUGCAGCAACAAAAGUGCUAUUGGAAUUGUGGAUUACGCCGUCGUCAAGAAAUUGUCAAAGGAGCCACAAAAGCUGCUCAUUGAUGUGCGAGAGCCAAAGGAGCUAAAGGAAACUGGCCAAAUUCCAUCCAGCAUUAACAUUCCAUUGGGCAUUGUCAGUCAAGAGCUGGCUGCCAGUGACCAGCUCUUCAAAUCAAAAUAUGGACGCAAUAAGCCAAAUCCCGACACAGCACUAAUAUUCCAUUGCAGGAGUGGCGUUCGCAGCUUGAAGGCAGCAGAAGCAGCCGCCGCCUUAGGCUUCACAGAUGUGAAAAACUACGAAGGUUCGUGGCUGGAUUGGGCAGAGCGUGAAGGAUUGCCCAAGUAAAUACUCAAAGACACAAACAUACUCAAAUGAAUUAUAUAUGUUUAUCAUUAUUAAUUUUAUUGAAUAUAU